GAGAGGCUCAUUGCCGUGAUCUGGACGUACCCAGAGAGCAUCGCCCUCUGGAAACUGAACCCGGAGGUCUCCAGCUUUGACAAUACCUACCGCACAAAUCGAUACAAUAUGCCGCUGUUCAACGUCGCUGGCAUCACCUGCAACAACUCAUACUUCAACAAGGUACUCGGAGUCGUUCCCAACGAGACCCAAUUCUAG